GUUCAGAACGCAGUGAUGUCCGUUACCCAGAAUGCCUCGUUUGUUGCGGGCUGAUCGAGGACUGACUAGCUGGCUGGCUACUACAUAUGCCCUACUUUCUGUUCUAGCUAUGCGUUUUAAUGUAAUAACUAACGUUAGUGAAUAGCCGAGAGAAACGAAUAAGAGAACUACAACACUGUGGUUGAUAUAAAUUGCGGUAAUGCCUCUCUUCACGUCCAAUCCAUUUGAGCAAGAUGUUGAGAAAGCCACCAGUGAGAUGAACACAGCGGAGGACUGGGGCCUCAUCCUGGACCUGUGUGAUAAGAUAGGACAGUCUCGCUCCGGGCCUAAAGAAUGUCUUCGGUCGAUUAUGAGACGAGUCAACCACAAGGAUCCACAUGUUGCCAUGCAGGCUCUGACGCUACUUGGUGCCUGUGUUUCAAACUGUGGGAAGAUAUUUCAUCUAGAAGUGUGCUCCAGAGAGUUUGCCAGUGAGGUCAGCAACGUUCUAAACAAGGUCUGGAUAUUCGCUGUCAUUGGCCACCCUAAGGUAUGUGAGAAGCUGAAGGCACUGAUGGUAGAGUGGGCAGAGGACUUUAGGAAUGACCCUCAGCUCAGCCUGAUUUCAGCCAUGAUCAAGAACCUCAGGGAACAGGGGGUCACCUUCCCUGCUGUGGGCUCUCAGGCUGCGGAGAAAGCUAAAGCAAGUCCUGCUUUAGUGGCAAAGGAUCCAUCCACCUUAACCAACAAGAAGGAGGAGGAAGACCUGGCUAAAGCCAUAGAGUUAUCUCUAAAGGAGCAGCGAAGUCAGCCUGGGUCAGGCCUGUCUGGGUCUGGUUUGUACCCCAGCGCCUCUUUCCUCUCUUCCCAGAGGCCUGAGGGCAGGAAGGUCAGGGCCAUCUAUGACUUUGAGGCUGCAGAGGACAACGAGCUCACCUUUAAGUCUGGAGAGGUCAUCACUAUCCUGGAUGACAGUGACCCCAACUGGUGGAAAGGAGAAACGUAUCAGGGAGUUGGACUUUUCCCCUCAAACUUUGUAACGGCUGAUCUGACUGCAGAGCCUGAGAUGAUGAAGACAGAAAAGAAGACGGUGCAGUUCAGUGAGGAGGUCCAGGUGGAGAGCAUAGAGCCUGAGCCUGAACCGGUCUACAUAGACGAGGAGAAAAUGGACCAGCUGCUGCACAUGAUCCAGAGUGCAGAUCCAACAGACAACCAGUCUGAUGCCUGUGAGCUGCUGCAGCUAGAGGGUGCCUGCAACCAGAUGUGUCCCCUCAUUGAUCAGAAGCUUGAGAGCACUGACAGGAAGCAUUCAGAGCUGUCAGAGCUGAAUGUGAAGUUGAUGGAGGCGCUGUCUCUUUAUGCUAAGCUUAUGAAUGAGGACUAUGCCAUGUACACAAAGCUACAGACCCAGCAGUACUACAUGCAUCAAUCUGCCAACACAGCACAACAGGUGUACCCGGGUCAGUCUGGAGGGUCCUAUGGGAUGAGCGGUCCAGGAGGGGUUCAGCAGGGAUACAGUGUUUCUCUGGAGCAGCUACAGACUGGCCAGCCAGCACCGAGUGAUGUCCAUAUGUACAUGGGCCAGCCUCCAGUCUACAGUCCAGCUGCAGAGGGCUUGUCCUACCAGCCUCCAGCCAAUCAGCCAUCCGGCUACAGCUCCAUCCCUGGCCAGAGCCUUCCACACCCACCUGACACACAGCAGCACCCCUACCCCGAGAAGGCUCUUCUAUAGAAAACACUACGCAACGCUACGCCAUGCUACACGCUACUACACACCAUGCCACGCUACGCUACACGCCGUGCACACAUUACGCUACGCCAUGCUACACGCUACUACACACCAUGCCACGCUACGCUACACGCCGUGCACACAUUACGCUACU